GUGCUGUUCCUACGUGGGCCGCCGCGGCGGGGGACCCCAAGCCAUCUCCAUCGGCAAAAACUGUGACAAAUUCGGCAUCGUGGUGCACGAGCUGGGCCACGUCAUCGGGUUUUGGCACGAGCACACGCGCCCUGACAGGGAUGACCACGUCUCCAUCAUCCGGGAGAACAUCCAGCCAGGGCAGGAGUACAACUUCUUGAAGAUGGAGCCGGAGGAGGUGGAGUCGCUGGGCGAGACGUACGAUUUCGACAGCAUCAUGCACUACGCCAGGAACACCUUCUCCAGGGGCAUUUUCCUCGACACCAUCCUGCCCAAGUACGACGUGAACGGGGUCCGGCCCGCCAUCGGCCAGCGGACGCGGCUCAGCAAAGGGGACAUCGCCCAGGCCCGCAAGCUCUACCGCUGCCCGGAGCAUCCCCCCAGAGCAGAGCAUCCUGGAGAGCAUUCCCCAGAGGAGAGCAUCCCAGAGAGCAUCCCUCCAAAAGCAGAGCAUCCUGGAGAGUAUCCCAGAGAGCAUCCCUCCAAGAGGAGAGCAUCCUCCAGGAGCAGAGCAUCCCGCCAAGAGCAGAGCAUCUCGGAGCGCAUCCCCCAGAAGAGGAGAGCAUCUCUCCAGAGCAGAGCAUCCUGGAGAGCAUCCCCCAGAGGAGAACAUCCCAGAGAGCAUCCCUCCAAGAGGAGAGCAUCUCUCCAGAGCAGAGAGAGGAGAGCAUCUCUCCAGAGCAGAGCAUCCUGGAGAGCAUUCCCCAGAGGAGAGCAUCCCAGAGAGCAUCCCUCCAAAAGCAGAGCAUCCUGGAGA